AAACAAAACACCCAAAUGUCAAUUCGUUCGCCAUCUUGGAUUCUUUCCUUCUCUUUUUCCGGUUGCGCUAAGAUUGCAAGAUGCCAGGAAUCACCGUCAAGGACGUCGAUCAGGACAAAGUUGUCCAGGGUGUUGCCCUCUUCCUGAAAAAAUCAGGUAAACUGAAGGUCCCAGAUUACGUCGACCUCAUCAAAACCGGCAAAUUCAAGGAAUUGGCCCCGACCGACCCGGAUUGGUUUUACGUCCGUUGUGCGUCGAUCCUGCGUCGCCUGUACCAUCAGAGCCCGUCCGGGGUUGGCUCGAUCUGCCGCAUUUACGGUGGCCGCCAGCGAAAUGGAGUGCGCCCGUCCCACUUCUGUCGAUCGGAUGGCAGCGCGACCCGAAAGGCCGUUCAGGCCCUCGAGCAGCUCAAGCUGAUCGAGAAGCUUCCUGAGGGCGGUCGCAAACUGACCAGCCAGGGCCAGCGGGAUCUGGACCGAAUUGCCGCCCAGAUCGUGAGCAAACAGCGGGCUGCCCAGAAGAAGGAAGCAGCUACGAUUGUAUUGUCGUAAAAAAAGGAGUUGUGAUGGUGCGCAUCGUGGAGUGUUGUAAUGCCCUUUUCUGAUGGAUGUACGAUAAGUUAAAUAAUAACAAAAGAAUCCAAGCUAA